AUGACAAGCAACCGGAAGUUCUCUCAUCCCAUGUCCUUUCAUCAAGCGUUCGUUGUCAAGUUGAGAAUUCGCUAGAGAAUAUCUGGUUUUGUCGGAUAAUUUUAUUCCAUUAGGCGUAAAUUUAACUGCAAAAUCAAAAAUGGGUCGAAUGCACGCACCAGGAAAGGGUAUUUCCCAGUCAGCUCUCCCGUACAGACGUUCCUGUCCAACAUGGUUGAAAAUUACACCUGAAGAAGUUAAGGAACACAUCUACAAACAUGGAAAGAAAGGAUUGACUCCUUCCCAAAUUGGUGUUAUCUUGAGGGACUCCCUCGGUGUUGCUCAAGUGAGAUUCCUCACUGGCAACAAAAUCCUUAGGAUCAUGAAAUCCAUGGGAUUGGCUCCCGAUCUACCAGAAGAUUUGUACUAUUUGAUCAAGAAAGCCGUCGCCAUCCGUAAACAUUUGGAAAGGAACAGGAAGGACAAAGAUAGCAAGUUCAGGUUGAUCUUAGUAGAGUCGAGGAUCCACCGUUUGGCAAGAUACUACAAAAGGAAAAGCAUUCUUGGACCCAACUGGAAAUAUGAAUCCCAGACUGCUUCAGCUUUGGUAUCAUAAGAUGUAUCAGUAUGUUAAAAAUAAAUGAGAUAAGUUCUUAA